AUGGAGCCCAAUCAUAUAGCUGCUGUCCACCACUGCCCCUCAGACGCUGCCCUAGAGGGGGUGACUGGAGCCCCCCAGGGCACUGAGCUCAUUCCCAGGAGAACUGUCAGUCGAUCUCCGACCUGCGCCCGCUGCCGCAACCAUGGCAUCACUGCCCACCUCAAGGGGCACAAGCGUCUCUGCCUCUUCCAGGCUUGUGAAUGUCACAAGUGUGUCCUUAUCCUGGAGCGUCGAAGGGUCAUGGCUGCUCAAGUGGCUUUACGUCGGCAGCAGGAGGCGCAGCUAAAGAGGCACCUGGCUCAGGGACUGAUGAGAGGAGCAGCCCCAUCCAAAGCUCUCAGUCGUGUCAGGAAGGGAGCCAUUCGACCAGGACUCCCCUUUGGGAAGGAGAAUGUAGCACCCCAACCUCAGACCCCACAUGGGACAAUCCCGCUGGCCCUGACACCUCCUGGGAAGAACGUCCGUGGACCUUUGCUGCUCAGCCAUCCACCAGAAACCUUGCCUUUGCCCUGGACUGCGCUUCCUCCUGGUCCUUGGGCUCCUGGACACUGGCUGCCCCCAGGCCUGUCCAUGCCACCCCCAGUGGUGUGCCGCUUGCUGUGCCAAGAACCUGCUGUCCCUCUGCAUCCUUUCCCUGGCUUUGAUUCUGGCACCUCACUCCGCCCACCCACUCAUGGGCCCCUCUCCACCUGCUCAGGUCCUCGCCCAAUACUGACGGUUCCUCUUUCUGGAGAGCCCCAAGGACCCCCCGGCCUGCCCCGCACAUGCUCAACUCUGAUCCUUCAGCCCUGUGGCACCCCAGACCCUCUUCUGCUGCAACCACAGGUCCCUGGAGCCUCUCGCCUGGCCUGGACAUCAACCCCAUCAGAACGGCAGCUUCAGAGGGAAGCAGCUGAAGCCCUUGUAGGGCUGAAAGAUUCAUCCCAGGCGCCCCGCCUGACUCCUUCUGUCCCCCCAAACCCUGCUUGGAUCUCCUUGCUCCAUCCCUGCGGUCCACCAGCUCCUGCUGGAAGAGGAUUCCAGCCUGUUGGUUCCUCUCUCCGACCCAGCCCAACCCCAUCUGUUGCUCUGCAUAUUGGGCGUCUAGGGUCCAUUUCUCUCCUGAGCUAG